UUCAGUGCGAUGGUUUACCAUAGUCUUCAAGUUUAUCAUAUUUCAGGGAUUCAGUAGUGAACACCUAUUCAUGCCCUACCAUAAUCUCAGAAAGAAAACACCCGAAUAAUAGAUAAAAGUGUAAAACAUGCCUUCCUGUCAACUAUAGUACUUUUUUGAAGAGUUCAUGAAACGGUUAUUAAGUGUACUGUAACCUCAACCAGCUACGAACAAGAGCGAGCAAACCGAAACUUGAAGUCAAAACAUCCGGCUACCCAAUAUGGAAGAAUUGGAAAAGAAGGCCAGGAUGUGGCUAGAUUUAAAAGCUAAUGACACUGGUUUUCAAAUAAAAUUCAAAGAGCGACAGGAUAAUGCACUUAUAUUUCAAGUGUUAAGGGCAGAUGAUGAGACUGAGAGUGAUGUUAUGCAGUUCACUGUGCAUUGUCCGAGUUUAAGUGCUGACGAUUGGGUGGUAGCAGGCUCUUGGAGUUUCUGGAGUGACAGCGCUGGCUUUAAAGAUGAUGUGCAAGAAAUCAUUGAUUAUUGUGAUUCAACAAAAGCUACAAGUGUUGAAGACAUAUUACAAAAAGUAACAGAAGUUUGUGAAAAGUUGUUCUUGGAAGAAGAUGAGGACGAGGAUGAGGAUGAAGAGGAGGAUUAUGACGUGGAGGGUGAAGAAGAUCUCAUGUAUUACAACACAGAGGAAAACUUCAUGGAAGAAACUGAAAGAGCAGUAGCUGAAAUGAAGCAUAGUGAGUCUGACGAAGAUAUAGAGGAAACAUUCUUUGGAUCUGGAGCUAGUCCUGUUGCCUGUAAACGUCUUGUUAAAGAUUUAAAGAACAUGAAAAAAGAAGCUCACAAAUUUGGAUUAGAAGGUGAUCCUCGGGGCAACAAUCUCUUUAUUUGGGAUGUGAAGCUGACGGGUUUCCCAACAGACUCUGGACUGGGCAAGGAUCUUCAAGCGUGGGCGACAAAACAUAGCAGAGAGCCUGUAGUUUACUUGGAAAUGCAGUUCCCUGGAGAUUAUCCCAUGGCACCACCAUUUGUUCGAGUUAUCAGGCCACGAUUUAAAUUUCUAACAGGCCAUGUGACUAUAGGAGGCAGUAUAUGCAUGGAGAUGUUGACGAGGUCAGGUUGGAGUCCAAGUAACGAUAUAGAGAGCAUCUUGGUUCAGAUCCGGGCUGAGAUAAUGUCGGACCAGAACGCUCGCCUUGACUCCAAUCCGGACAGAGAAUAUGGUGAGGCAGAGGCCAAAGAUGCCUUCAAGAGAAUGGUGGAAAGAUAUGGCUGGUAAUGGGACAUCAUCUGGGCUGACUGCCAUGAGAUUACAGAGAAAGACUACUCAAAUUACAUACCUGUGCACUCGGGUUUGUUAAUGCAUAUCAACAUUUCAGAAUUAAAACAUCCAUGAAUGAAGAGUUAACUGUUAGAUUGAAUUAAUCGAAAUUCUUCUCUGGAGUUUGAGCCAUGGUCUUUAUGAACCAUCUAUUUAUCAUCUUCAGACAGAUCUGCAAUUUCAAAGACAGUGAUACGAUGUUACUUCUGUUACGGAUGAACAAUUCUGACCUGAUCAUUGAUCAGUUGAAAGUUCAUAGUGGGCACGAUACAAAAAAAAAAUAUUGGUCAAAGGUUGUGUGUCAAAGGAUUUAACCCAUUUAUGCCUAGCGUCUAGAAAAAAUGCCUUGGCAAACAGCGUAAACCCAGAUGAGACGCCGCAUGAUGCAGCGUCUCAUCUGGGUUUACGCUCUUUGCUUAAAGGAAUUUCUGUAAGAAAUAUUCUAAAUAUAGAAAUAAAUAAAUGGGUUAAAGUUAUUGGAUAUUUACCAUGCUAUUAUUGCUAAAUUAUAGAUCGAUGAUUGAUCGAUUCCAUCCUUGAAUGACACAUUUAAUAGGCCAGUUUUAUCAUGGCCGUGUCUGUUCUGGGGAAGUGUUUUACUUGGCAUUUUCAACUUUUUACAUUUGGUGGUUGUUUAAUAUGAGUUGUUAACUUGUAAUGACUUAAUGCAAAAACCAUGUGCCAGUGAUGUGUUUUGCUUCUAUCAAGACUAACCAGGUAAAAGUACCUGUUUUUUAUGAAUCCCCUAUGGGAAGUAUUGACUUAAAAGUUUAAACAUUUGUCUAAGAGAAAAGUAUGGACCAAUUGUGUAUAUGUCCAAAGUCAUCGUAUCACUUCAGAAAAAAGUAGAACAUAUUUAUGAAUCAUUAUUUUAUAGAGUUGUAUGCAUAAGAUUGCUUAAUUAAAAAUUAUGUUUAUAUUUUAUAUUUACUGAUCAAAUGACUUUCAACUCAUUUUAAUAGCACAUGCACCUAAACUUGUAUAGCAGUAAUUUACUAUGCACUGUGGCACUUUUAUUAUUCUGUCAAUUCAAUAAGCAAAGGAUAAUAGGAAUGCCAAUGUGCUUUUAUUAAAAAACAAAGAUUGUACGUAUACUUUAUUUUGUAUAUACAAUGUGUGUAGGGGCAGUUGCUGUUUAACCCAGUUAUGCCUAGUGGACUCUCCCAUUUAUCUAAAUUGGAUCAAUUUAUUUUCAAAAUUAGGGAUGUCUAGAAUAUUUAUUUCUAUACUUAGAAUAUUUUUUACAGAAAUUCCUUUAAGCAAACAGCGCAGGCCCUGAUGAGAUGCCGCAUCAUGUGGCGUCUCAUCUGGGUCUUUGCUGUUUGCCAAGGUCUUUUUUCUAGACGCUAGGCAUAAAUGGGCCAAUCCUUUUUGUCACAUAAACUGAAUAAUUUAAAACUGUGUGAUUUGCUAUGUAGAGUAUUUUAAAGCUAUGAUUAUUUUGUAUUUAUUAUGCCCCCCCUUCGAAGAAGAGGGGGUAUAUUGCUUUGCUCAUGUCGGUGGGUCGGUCGGUGGGUCGGUCUGUCGGUCGGUUGGUCUGUCGGUCCGUCCACCAGGUGGUUGUCAGAUGAUAACUCAAGAACUCUUGGGCCUAGGAUCAUAAAACUUCAUAGGUACAUUGAUCAUGACUCGCAGAUGACCCCUAUAGAUUUUGAGGUCACUAGGUCAAAGGUCAAGGUCACGGUGACCCGAAAUAGUAAAAUGGUUUCCGGAUGAUAACUCAAGAACGCAUACGCUAAGGAUCAUGAAACUUCAUGGGUACAUUGAUCAUGACUCGCAGAUGAUCCCUAUUGAUUUUGAGGUCACUAGGUCAAAGGUCAAGGUCACGGUGACCCGAAAUAGUAAAAUUGUUUUCGGAUGAUAACUCAAGAACGCAUACGCCUAGGAUCAUGAAACUUCAUAGGUAGAUUGAUCAUGACUCACCGAUGACCCCUAUUGAUUUUGAGGUCACAAGGUCAAAGGUCAAGGUCACGGUAACCCGAAAUAGUAAAAUGAUUUUCGGAUGAUAACUCAAGAACGCUUUUGCUUAGGAUCAUCACACUUCAUAGGUACAUUGAUCGUGACUCGCAGAUGACCCCUAUUGAUUUUCAGGUCACUAGGUCAAAGGUCAAGGUCACAGUGACUAAAAACGUAUUCACACAAUGGCUGCCACUACAACGGACAGCCCAUAUGGGGGGCAUGCAUGUUUUACAAACAGCCCUUGUUUUUCUUGUUGUAUGCACUGAUG